AGAGAUAAUGGUCAAAGUAUGUAGAGAUAAAAUAGUUGGAAAGUACCCGAAUGUUAAGGACUGCAGCAAGUACUUCCAGUGUGUAAAUGGCCAGUUGCACACAGUGAAGUGCAUUACCGGUCAAUCAUUUGACGAAGAGGUAGGAUUUAUGUUUAAAUUUGGGCAAGUUACGCACCAUGAAGUGCAUUACCGGUCAAUCAUUUGACGACGAGGUAGGAUUUAUGUUUAAAUUUUGGCCAGUUGCGCACCAUGAAGUGCAUGGCCAUCGAAUUUUUUGACGUAGAGCUAGAUUCUAGCAUUGCUUGAUACUGAUGUAGGUUUAAAAUUAAACCUAUUUUUGGAUUGGUAUGCAGUAGUAAUAUACGUUUAGGGUUAUUAUACGUUGUGUUUAAAUGCACGUUUCAGGUAAGGGAAGUAUGGUUGAUUCCGUUUUCCUGGUGUGGUUGGCACCACUGCUAAAAUAAAAUUUGGCUAUAGUUUAGUUUCUGAAGGCAUGCCAAUAACAGGGACCCGACAAGCCGGCAAUGCAACCUCGUCCUAUAGACUAUGGCAUUGGAUAUUGAGGCGACGGCAGCCUCAGCUGCGGGAGAGUCCUACGUAAGGAGAAUGUUAUAUGGCGCGGCAAAGACGAUGGAGCAGGUUGCGUAUGUACUAGCCAGGGUUUUAAGACCGUAAGGUCAAGCCCAAAAGAAGAAUAAGAAUAUUAGUCUCGGUUGCUGAAGGCUAGGACUCCGCUGGUCAGUUCGGCAGUCGAGUUUAAUUAUGAGGCGGACAGUAAUGGCUUUUCCCCACUUUGAAAAUGUCUUACUAGUCGUCCUACAUGGGAAUAAGUUCUUGUACACGCAUGUGCUGUUACAGUAAGACAUAUCCUCAUGUUACAGUAAGACAUAUCCUUAUGGUACAGUAAGACAUACGCUGAUAUUACAAUAAGACAUAUCCUUAAGUUACAGUAAGACAUAUCCUUAUGUUACAGUAAGACAUACCCUUAUGUUGCAGUAAUACAUAUCCUUAUGGUACAGUAAGACAUACCCUUAUGUUAAAGUAAGACAUAUCCUUAUGUUACAGUAAGACAUAUCCUUUCGUACGUUGAAUUUCUAUGUUAAAUUAAUUAUUUUUUCAUUAUCCGUGUCAUAUUCAGUCGUUACAAUAUAAGUGCAUUGAAUGAGCGAAUAAUUAACAUUAUAAGAAAAAAAUAACUAGUAUUAAAUUUUUUGGGGGUUUAAUUUGCCUGCCCCCCCCCCUUCCACUCACUCCCAAUGCUUGUUUAAUGAUAAGCUAUAUAUUGUUUUGAAUGAGUAGUAAUUACUUUGCUUUGUUUUUAUUUUAAAAGUUUCCUUUUAUUAUUUUUUAAAAUUUUUUUGGAGCGGUGGAGGUAUUUGGAUAUUGUUUGUGGAAGUUGUUGUCCUUGUGAAAUGCAUUGACAUUAUAUAAUGAGAUGGGGAAAAUUUUAGACUGUGGGUGCAUUAAAACUUUCUAGAUCUUCGAAGGGUAUGGAAAAAUGUGUUAUAUGGACAGUUGAUUCAUUUAAACUUCUAGGUUUUCGGGCGGGGGGAGGGGUGUAGAUGGGUAAAAAAGUGUUACAUGAGUGAUAUAUAGCCUUAGAGCAGUCUGAGAACACAAGCAAUACUGCUCCUUACAUCGCGGAAAGCACAAUCAUAGAGGAAAAAUGUUUCUUUUAAAAUUUAAGCUAAAAUCGAUUGUUAUAAGUCUCGGUGGCCGAGUCUCGGUGGCAAAAACACCACCCCGGGUAGAUGGGACGCGUUAACCUUGGACAGCAACUCAUCUAAGAGAAGGAAACUCUGAAAUCAAACCCGGAGAUGGAGUCCCGAAAGGCGGAUAACAUUGAUACAAUGAAACAUUCCGACAACUCCUGCGACGUCAAUGGCGCCAAGCUGUAUCAUCCAAUGAUGUUCCCUUGGGUUACCUUGGGUUACCCAGUGGCGUGGAGAGAGGCGAUUUGCUGUUGGGAACCAGCUUAUAGUCCUUCAAGUAUAAUAAUUCCAGGCUAUGUGGAUUUCGUCAUACGAAGCCCACUCCAUUGUGACGGACGGAUGCCAGACUUUAAUAAGUCUAUUAUUAAUUCCGUAAAAGUAAGUGUGAUAUAUAUAAAUAAAUUGUAAAAUACAUAUACAUAUAUAAAUAUAUGUAUAUAUAUAUAUAUAUAUAUGUGUGUGUGUAUUUUAAUAUUGUUAUUUAUAUUUAUCAACAUUUUGUGUCACCUCAAAGUAUCGUAGGUGCAUGAGAACUGAGGACGCUACGUGUGCACCUGAUAACUUAAUUGAUGACAACAAGCAACCAACUGUAAACGUUAUUAAACCCAUUUCACUUCCGGAACCUCAACACACAAAUGUUCCAUCAAGUAAGUGAAACUUAUCGGGGUCUAAAAAAUAAAAAAAUUAAAUAUUUUUUUACCAAAACACGUUUUUAAAAGUGUAAAAUAAAGUUACCCCAAACGUCAUUUUUGAUACAGUCAUGUGACUAAGACAACUCGAAUGUCGUCCACGAACUCCAUUUUCUUUGUUUAAACACAAUAGGAGAUGGAAUAGUGGGUCAAAAUUGGGAUGCACUAUUUGACCACGCUGAAACUAACAAAUGGAAUUAGAAAUAUAAGAAAAGUCAAAGGUCAUCAUUGUACGUCACGGUGCUCCACGCGUUUGUAGUCACAUGGUUGUAAUAGCUCUGAAUUUUUUAGGGCUUUUAAAAUAAAAUAAAAAUUAGAAAAAAGUUGUGAAAAAUAUAUUUUCAGCAAUAAUUUUGUUUUUCAUUUUAAAUUUCGAGUCAAAGUUAAAACUCAGACGGACAUUUUAAAGUGCGAACAUUAAGAAGAACAUUUAACACCAUAGGUCAAUCGAUGGCCACUGAAUGUCCAUGGUAACCUACGGAUCGUGUACGGUUGUAUUGUCAUCUGGUAUUUAUUAAGUUUACCAUGUUUCAGCUCUUUCGGAGUUUAGGACUUUAUUUAAACCUGGGAUGCAUCAUUUGACCCGCAGAGGACACUAAAGUGUGAUGAUGAUUGAUUACUUGUAUACCGCAUGUGCCCAUGUUCUUUUAGCGUGUUCAAAGCGCGCAGAUGUCCUAAAAUAUAUUUAAAGUUAAAAGCCUUUUAAUGUCUCGUUAAAAAAAGAUAUUAAAGUGAUCAAUGUUCUAUUUCCCUUAAAGACUAAGGUAAACUGUUUAAAAAUUAACGCGCUAUAGCUUCAAAAGAGCGAACGCGGUAUGACUUCUUUGCUGAUCUACUUAUCGUGUUGUGUUGUCUUGUCAUCGGUUUGAGUUAACCAUGCAUAAAAAAUAAAAAAAAAAAGUUAUUCGCGAAAUGGAAAUAGAUCGAAAAUUAAAGAAAGUAUCUUACCCUGACAAAGAGACAAACGUACAGACAAAGAAACAAACUGAACAACAAACGUACAGAUAAAAUUUCAAACUAAAUAAAAGCGUGCACAAAAAAAAAAAAGAAGAAGAAAAUAUUUUUAAAAUCCAAACUUUUGGACAAUUUAGCUUUAAAAUCCCAAACGUUGCCGGUCAGAAAACAUAUUGCGUUAGUUUCAACGUUACUUCAAGUGUUUCCCUUCGCAUCGUUAUCUAUUGCACCUAUGGCUCUGUAAUAUAAACCCUGUUCAGAAAUUGAAAUUUGAUAGCGUCUAAAACUUGUUUACUUCUAUAACUAUAGUGACACCGAUUGUAUAACUAUAGUGAAAUCAAUGUUAUAAAUAUAAUGAAAUCAAUGGUAUACUUAUAACAACACCAAUGCAAUAACUAUAGUAACCUCAAAGGUAUAGCAAUAACGACAUCAAUGCUACAACUUUAGUUACAUCAGUGUUAUAACUAUGUCGACAUCAGUGCUAUAACUAAAGUGGCAUGUCAUAAACGGAACCUAAUAAUUAUGUAACACAAAUAAAUUUAAAUAUAUGUAUGACAAGCCAAUCAACUGUUUAGAGAGAUCUCAACUUCUAUAAAAAAAAAUAUUUAAACAUUUUGAAAAAAAAAAUCUAUUACGAAAAAUAAGGGUUUUCAUGUUUUUUUUUUAUUUGGAUUGAGACAGUUAAUAACACUCAUCUCGAAAAGCUUGUUGUGUUACAUUUUGCCGGAUAGAUUUCAAAUAAGAAUACACCAUGGUCCUCUUCAAUAGACCAAAAUAAUAUAUAUCUUAAAAUCUUUGUUCCUUUCCUUUCAGUCUGCUCGCCAGACAUUUACAACCUCGUAUCUAAUUUCGGAGCCACUUAUGAAUACAAAGGAAGAAAAUACGAGUCUUCCUAUGAAGGUUUCAGAAGUUAUGUGGAAUCGGAGUCCGUGUGUGAGAGCAUAUGCGGCCACCUGGCGGUCAUGGACGACAAAGAGGAAGAGAAUUUCAUCAGGGGUAUGAUGGAGACAAAUAGAUUUGAGUGUCUCUUGAUCGCGGGGAGGAAAGCGGAAAACGGCAAGGAAUUCUUUAAACUUAAAGGGAAAGAACCACUAAAAUACAUCAACUGGUCAUCGGAUCAACCUGAGGAGGCUGAUGACCGCAUCGAACUCUGUUUAUUUUACAAGAGGGGUAUCAGUGGGAUGGUGAGGAUGCCCUGUGCUCAAGUGCAACAAGACUGCAAUUACAUCUGUAAAAUCUAGUUUGAACAAAAAUAAAGAAGUUACUUUUUUUUUUUAAACUUAUACAAAAGUUAGCCAAUUUCCAGUGAUACACUAUAAAAAAAAAAAAAGGACUCUUUAAACGAAAUCCUUUAACUUAUUUAACUUAAUUGAGUAUAUUUGCUUUUGUUAAGAAUACUAUAUAGUUUAAUUUAAGGCGUAUCAAAACUUGCAUUUCAUUUAUAUUAAAAAAAAAUUGAACUGUGGUGGUCUGUGUGUUGCUGAGUUUUUGAAGAG